AUGCCUCCCCGAUUACAGCUCCUUCGACGGGCAUGCGUCGCACUGCCGACGCAACAAUCCUAUCAACCUCUGGCGCCGUUCCUGUAUCCUUUCAUCACCCAGCAGCGCUCCGCAUCAAUCCUGUCCUCCUUGUCCGAUACCAAGGGAGCAUACAAUAAGAAGAUCCGACGUGGUCGCGGACCAGCAAGCGGCAAGGGAAAGACAUCUGGGCGUGGUAUGAACGGUCAGAAGCAGCAUGGCAAAGUUCCGGCAGGGUUCAAUGGAGGACAAACACCAGACUGGGUGGUCUCGGGCUCGAGAGGAUUCGAGAACCACUUCUCCGUGGACAUGAGCAAGGUCAACCUAAACCGCAUACAAUACUGGAUCAAUCAAGGCCGAUUGGACCCGUCAAAGCCCAUCACAUUGAGAGAGCUGAACAAAUCGCGCUGCACACAUGGCAUCAAGGAUGGGAUCAAACUACUAGCGCGUGGAAAAGAGGAGCUCACAACACCCAUCAACAUUGUCGUAUCUCGUGCCAGCGCCGAUGCGAUUGCUGCUGUUGAGAAAUUGGGAGGAACCGUUACGACCCGAUACUACACCAACUUCGCCAUCAGCAAAAUUCUGAAGGGAGAGAUGGACCCUAUCAACAGCUUGCAAUAUAGGCUGCCCGACCCAACCAGCCGAAAGCACCUGGAAUACUACCGCGAUUCCGCGCAUCGUGGAUACCUGAGCCAUCUCGUGGAGGCUGGUCAAGGACCAAGUUUGUUCUUCAAGACGCCUGGCUCUGGGAAGAAGGAUGGGAAGAAGACACCAGGCAAAGCGACCAAGACGCAGCAAAGGGCCGAGAACAGAUUAUGGUAA